AUGGAAGUCGUCAUGAGCUAUCUAAAUGUAACGCGUGGUGUCUUGAACCUUUACUUCAGUUACCAUCUAUUAUAUUCAGUCUGCCUGCUUGUGCUUUUUAGGGGCCUUUUCCCACAUUUCUCUCUAUGCUACAUUUCACCUCUUUGUCCCUCCCUUAACCCAGCUCUCUUUCUCUCUCUCUCUCUCUACCUACCUAACCCUCCAUUCUCUUUCUUCAGUCGCUCUCAAUGGCCAGGAAAAUUACUUCAGCUUGCCCAUGAUUUAGAACCUCUCGGUGCCUUUGCCAGCGUGGAGACUAGUGGAAUAACUCGGCAUGGGGUUUCUCUCUCUCUCUCUCUUUCUUUAUUGUUUUGCCUUCAUUUUUUCAUGUCUUUGCUUACUUUAAUCUUUUUCCUUUUCUUCUUCUCUUUCUCUCUCCUUUUUCAUUCCUCUUUCCUCUUGGCUAUCUCUAUUCCUUCCAUUCCUUUUUUUCUUUCAUUUUUAGUUCGUUUUUCUCUUUUACUUUUCUUGAGUCUGUUUAUUUUGUUACCUUAUUAUUUUUGUUUCUGUCUCUCUUUAUUCUUUCUCUUUUACGUUUAUUGUUUCUCAUUCUCUUACUUUUUUCUCUUUCUUUAUUCUUUUCCUUCCUUGUCUCUUUUCAUUCUUUUGUCGUACUCUUUCCCUUUUCUUUUGUCUUUCUAUUCUUCAUUAUUUUCUUGUGUCUCUACUUCUUUCUUCUUUGUUUUCUUUAUUCUUUCAUUUCUCUUUUAUCUUGUCUUCUUCUUCUUUUCUUUCACUCUUUCUUUUUCUUCAGGAUUUCUUUCUGACUUAAUCUUCUUUUUCCCUUCUAUCUUCCACUUUCUUUCUUUCUUUCUUUCUUUCUUUCUUUCUUUCUUUCAUUGCCACUUUCACAUUCUGAUUAUGUUUACAUUUUCUGUUUUCUUCAUUCUUUCAAAAUCUGCUUGA